UUUUUGCUGGGUGCUUUGAUUUUUUGUGGUUCCCGUGAUAGUGCCAGCGAAAUUUGCUGAACCUGCUGCGAUUUCGGAGGAAGUUGCGUGUAUAGCGCGGUAAAGUUGGAGAGAAUUGCGGAAGUUACAAACACAUCGUAGCCUGCUGCGCCGUAAGGCUGGCGUUCGUGCGGGGAGCGGUGCCGUAACGGGGGCCCUUCUGCGCUUCUAAACCAAUCGCAUCCUUUGGUCGGUAUGGUGGAGGAGGUGCAGUUUGGCCGCGAAAUAUGAAUGGAUUUUUCCAAAUCAACGCACCGUACUACAAUGAGUUCAAGCAAGAGGUGUCCGCUCAACAAUACGCAGGACAAGCAGCAGCAGCCGCAGCGGCCGCAGCAGCAGCAGCAGCAGCCUCAGCAUCAGGAGCAUCAGCAGCGUCAGCAACAACAUCAGCAGGAUCAGCAGCAGCAGCACCGCCAAACCCAGGUCAGCAGCCACAGCAGCUCAUCCUUGAUGUGCCUGAUGGUUGUUUAACGAAGAACCAGCGGCGAUUUUUGCACGAAACCGACGAGGCGCGAGCAAAGCGGUUAGCCCGGAACGCCGAACGAAUGCGCCAGAAGCGUGCAGCAGAGUCAGAAGAGCAAGCCCGAAAGCGUAUGACCGAGAACGCCGAGCGUAUGCGAAGAAAACGAGCGACCGAAUCAGAGGAGCACUAUCGCGUGCGCAUGGAACGUAACGCCGCCUUCAAGAUGACCGAAGAGUACCAGCGUCGUUUGGCGGAGAACGCGGAACGCAAUCGAAGGAGACGACAGAACGAGACUGAUAUGGAACGGAGCAUCCGGCGAGCGCGUAGUGCGGCCCGCGAACGGUUACGGCGUGCGAUGGAAACCCCGGAGCAGCGUGCGGUGCGGUUGGCGAAGCUCGCCGAACGGAUGCGAAUCACGCGCGAUCGGCUCUGGCAUUCGAUCGAAACCCCGGAACAGCGGGCUGACCGGUUAGCGAAGCUUGCCGAGCGUAUGCGCGUAGCAAGAGCCAACGAAACGCCGGAACAACGAGCGUUACGCUUGGCCAAGAACGCGGCCAGGGCUCGGCAACGGUUUUUGAACGAAUCGCCGGAACAGUGGAUCGACCGGAAACGCAAGAAAGCUGAGUAUGCACGACAGAAGCGCGCCGCUCUGGCCGCUGGCUUUUCACCUAACAGUGUGUCACAAAUGCUGAACGGUAGUACGCUUCAACAGCAGCAGCAGCACGUGGCGACGAUGGAUUCAACGAAUCCUUACGCCGUAGGACAAACACCUGCCACACUACCGGAGACACUACUUCACCCGAGUACCGGUCAACCAUCGUCAUCCAACGUGCGGCCUUCUGCACAAGGAGCAGCACAGAGCAGCGGAGGGUUCGUUAUGAACCGCAAGGAUGGCCACAAGCUGACCGUUUCGUCGACCGGCAAACAACUCGGGGGACAAGGCAGCAUCGCACUGCAAUCGACGGAUCCGCUGUACUCCAGCUCACCGGGUCAGGUCAUCUUCAGUGGCACGGAAGUCAAACCGCACGAGCUGCUGAACGGGCAGCAUUUAGUCAUGCCAUCGGAUCAGAACCUGUACAAGUUCCACCUUCUUCCCUAUCCGUUUGGGAGCGCACCUACAACCACAACCAGCACCAGCAGCACAGGCAGCGCUAGCACGACCGGGAGCGGUCAGCAACAGCAGUCAUCGAGUCAGCAUCAUUCGUCGGGUGGAUACAAGCGCAAGUAGAGAGACCUAGGAAAGGGGUCAAUCUAGGCAGCAGAACAAGCAUUCAGCUUCGGGUAGAAUGCCCGGGAUUAUAUCAGAGUUUAUCACGGGACAGUGCUCUAGGGCCAAUUAGGGCAUAAGAAGCUACAAUAAUAUGUUGUACCUUUUCGUUUAUAUCAAUCCUUCUCCAGGUGGCACCGGCGGAUGGACGACUACCCGUGUUCCGGUACUGUUACCGGUUCCGUAUGUUCCGCGCCUCGAAUGUAGCUUGGAGAGAUUAAUUUAUUAAUUCAUGUCACGUCGAACCCCCUUGCAGACAAGCCUGCGUGUAAGGAGCUUUCAUUGGUUUAAAAUGAGGAUUAAAUGGUUUUUUUUUAGUGCAAUGUUGGUCCAGUUUCGGUUUUUGAAUCCCUAUGUGUGCUCUCUCCCCUUUUCACGUACUUUUCCUCGAGCCGACGCAAGGUUGCUUCGUUUGCUGGUUAUUUGAAACAGCAAACGGUAGCCAAAGAGGAGCAAAACCAAGCAAAUUUACAAAUAAAUGCGUACUCUGGUUCAUUCCAAGCAACAACACUCUUUCGAUGGGUCCAUGGCCGCAUAAAGGAUAUUCAAAUUGGUGUGCGCUUGGCGUCGCUUGGAUCGGGAGCAGCAUGCCCAACUUUUCGACGUCUGGGUGUAAACACAUUAGCAAAGAUGGCAGCUGCCAAAAGGUCUCAGUUUGUUGCUGAUCUCUGUUGCAGGUGUGUUGCGGUCAGUGUGACUUUGUUCAAUUUUACGAAAUUUUAAAACGUUUGUUAGAUCGAAAUGGAGAUAGAAGAACUUGAUCCUCUUCAAUCAACAACUAGGGCGAUUGAAAUGCCACAACAUGCUAUUCUGCAGCUUAUAAAACUAGUCGAGGAAAGAGAAGUGCUGUGGAACAAGUACCUGCCCAAUUAUAGAAAUAGGCAUGCCCAUGAAGAGGCUUGGGAAGAGAUCUCGGAACAGUUGGGUUAUACAGCUAUUGAAUUAAAAUAUAAAUGGGCCUCCUUAAGAUCGUCGUACCGGAUGUACCGGUCCCGGGCGAUCAAAAGUCGAUUGAACGGCUCGCAAACAGUAUAUCGGGCAAAAUGGUUUGCAUAUGAAGCCAUGAGCUUUAUGGCUCUUAUGAACGAGAAGACGUCGUAUCAAACAUCCACCAGUACACCUGAGACAUCAUCGCAAACUGCAUCGGCGAAAAGAAGCAAUACGGACGAUGAUGAAAUCGCAAGAAAUAUUAGUACGCUAACGCGUAUUGCUGAACGAUGUGCAGAGAGUCGUGAUGAUUUGUCGCAAUUCGGCCAAAGCUUGAUUUAUCAAAUGCGCAGCCUGUCUCCGCGAACAGUCGAACUUUUGAAGAUCGAAAUAAUGGAAAAGGUACUGGACGCCCAAAAAGAUAAAUUCCUGAAAAACAUGUAGUCAGGUCGUAAGGUGUUUUUAAGUUAAAAAUUAACAAUAUUUAAUAUGGCUGGCAAGCUGGUAAUAAAAUGAAAAUGGCUUUUA